AAGCACGUUGAAGCCAAUUUCAAUAAUCCUACUGUUCAUCCUCCAUCGUCAUCAACACCUUCUCCGGCUGCUAAAGCCGCUGCUUCGUAUUCCAUGGGUGGUGCUCCUCCUCCUCCUCCGCCUCUUCCCAAAGAAUCAUUCGCUCGGAGGUACAAAUAUGUCUGGCCGGUUCUCCUCACCGUCAAUCUCGCCAUCGGAGGUUAUCUUUUCUUCAGAACUAAGAAAAAGGAAAUAGAUCCUGUAAACGAAGAGAUGCCUGCUAAAUCGGUUUCAGUUGCAGCACCUGUUACUGUGGAAAAGACUGUGUCUUCCGCAGUGGUUGCAGAGCCAGUGGUGGUCAAGGCACGUGAGCCAGUUCCGGAGAAACAACAACGUGAGCUCUUCAAGUGGAUGUUGGAGGAGAAAAGGAAAUUAAAUCCGAAAAACGCAGAAGAGAAGAAACGGAUUGACGAGGAGAAAGCGAUUCUGAAACAGUUCAUAGGCUCCAAAACCAUUCCUACUCUCUGAGCUCAGCUUGUGUUGGUUCUAUAGUUUGGUUUGGUUUCUUCAAUUCUUACUUUGUGGAUAUCAGAUGUUUUGCUUUUGGAAACCUUUUUUCGUUUCAAUGUUGAAAUCAGUCACUUUGGUAUCUUAAAACCCGUUCGGGUUUACUCACAAAAUUAAAAACCCAUUCGGGUUCA